UUAGAAAUUUGUAAACUUGCUCCUGCUAGUUUAUAUGGAGGAGAUCAAAGAGGUGUCAGGGUUCUAUCUUGUUGUUGAAAUGGUUAAGGUUAGAUCAUUUAUUUUAGUUUUCCAAAUGCUCUUUUCAGCAAUAGAUUUAUAAUAUUCACAUGGAAUGCGAGAAAACUCGAAAAUAAUCGAUACGAUAUUCAUCGAAAUAAAUGCGAUUUUUAGGCCUAAAGAUUCAUAACACAUGAUGACUUAGGUUAAUUUCUCGAUUUCCUUAACUUGUCUUCGGAUGCCAGACUGUUAUCGGGUUUCUAUGGAAUCUCUGCAUUCUAAUAUCACCGAAAAUUAUGGAAUCACCGACAAAACUCGACUGUGGACAGCCAUUUACGACUACGAAGCAUCAGGUGAAGACGAAUUGUCACUUCACCGCGGUGAGCAAGUGGAGGUGUUGUCGAAAGAUUCCAAAAUAUCCGGAGACGAAGGAUGGUGGACUGGAAAAAUAUGUGACAAAGUUGGAAUAUUUCCUAGCAAUUUUGUCACUUUGCUCAAUGUUAAUAAUGUCAAACCCAUUGAACGUGAGAGACCUUUUACUAUCAAGUUUUCAGAGCUUGAACUGGAAGAAGUUAUUGGUGUUGGAGGAUUUGGUAAAGUCUACAGGGGAUAUUGGCGUCGGCAAGAAGUAGCAGUGAAAGCCGCACGCCAAGACCCUGAUGAAGAUAUCAGUGUAACAAUUGAAAAUGUGAGGCAAGAAGCUAAAUUAUUUUGGUUAUUGAACCAUCCGAACAUUGUGACGCUCAAAGGUGUGUGUUUAGAUGAACCGAACUUGUGCCUUGUGAUGGAAUAUGCUAAAGGAGGUUCACUUAAUAGGGUAUUGAGUGGCAGAAAAAUUCCUCCUAAUGUUUUAGUCAGUUGGGCUAUUCAAAUUGCUAGAGGGAUGCAUUAUCUACAUUCUGAAGCACGCAUAUCACUUAUUCACCGUGAUCUAAAGUCCAGUAAUGUAUUACUGAGCGAACCGGUCGGCCCCAAUGAUCUAGAAAACAAGACUUUGAAAAUCACAGAUUUUGGUCUUGCGAGGGAGGUCUACAAAACAACCAGAAUGUCUGCAGCAGGAACUUAUGCAUGGAUGGCACCUGAAGUAAUUAAAUCGUCCACAUUUUCCAAAGCGGCUGAUGUUUGGAGCUAUGGUGUUGUAUUGUGGGAACUAUUAACUGGAGAAACACCUUAUAAGGGCAUUGAUGCCUUAGCUGUUGCUUAUGGAGUUGCAAUGAAUAAACUAACCUUGCCAAUUCCCUCAACAUGUCCACUGCCAUUUUCAUCUCUUAUGAAAUGCUGCUGGAACCCUGACCCUCAUCAAAGACCUUCUUUUGAUGUACUUUUAAAAGAGUUAGAGAUAAUUUCUCGCUCAUCAUUUAUGAAUACCCCUCACGAAUCCUUUCACUCAGAGCAAGAAAAAUGGAAAUGUGAAAUUCAAGAAAUGUUCCAUGAGCUGCGACUCAAAGAAAAAGAGUUGCGCUGCAGGGAAGAAGAAUUGACAAAAGCCCUAAUCCAACAAAAGAUUCAUGAGGAACAGUUGAAAAAAAGAGAGCUUGAACUUCAUGAGAGGGAAAUAGAUCUUUUGGAACGUGAAUUAAAUAUCAUGAUACUGCAGCAGCAGCAAGAUCGUCCGACACCUAAGAAGAGAAAAGGGAAGUUCAAAAAAAGUCGUUUGAGACUAUUAAAAAAUGGGGGCCAACAAAUAAGCAUGCCAUCAGAUUUUCGCCACAAUAUAACUGUUCAGCAAAGCCCAAAUCUACGAGGAAAUUCUAAAGGUUUGUAUAACCCAUCUAGUCCUGAUAGCCCACCUUCAUCGCCCAAUCUACCUCGACUACGAGCUUAUGCCUUGCAAACAGAUGGUCUGAAGGGUAAAACAUGGGGACCAAGUUCCGUACAUCAAAAGGAACGAUAUCAUUCUCGGCAGAUGUUUCCCAUUGAUGGGAAUAAAAGAUGGUCAAAAAGUGCUCCAAAUUUAGAGAAACCUCCGUUGCCAGUAUCUGGGGGUGGUAUUUUAAACACUGCAGCAUUAACAGAUAGUGCUUAUGACAGUGAGAUAAACAUCUGCAGAUCCUACAGUCUUCAUAACGGAAAUGGAGAGGUUUCUAGUAGCACAAAACGAUCCUCUCUGCCACGGAGGUUCAUGGGAUCCAUAUUGGGAAACAUGAGUGCCAUUCUAGCUUCAGUGGCUGCGGGAUUUGAUAUCAGAGCUCCCAAAUACUCUUCGCUCCACCCACGCUUACCCUCUGCUUGGCCCGAUGAUGUCGAGGACGCUGAAAAGUGGUGGCCAAAAGAGACUGGGCCACCUAAACUUAUUACAGAUUAUGAGUUCUCAACAGCAUCAGGGUACCCCCACAAUACUUAUCAUGGCCAAACUCGCCACUAUCGACCUAGUCUUUUAAUGGAUGGUUCUUCUCACUUGAAGUUUGCUGAUUUCCAAUGGAAUAAUGAGGCCUCGCCAUUGCCAACACCUCGAAAACUUUCCAAUACCAGCUGCGAAAGUGACAAUUUUAGUUCAAAUUUCAACUGCCCGACAGAUGUCCUUCAAGAUGCAAAAUUACCUGAAAAAGGUUCUUUCUCUGAAUGGUCUUAUCUCCAAGGAAAAUUUGCUUACGAUAACCCCGGUUCACAGAUUUCAACCUCGAGUGAUUUGAGCAGCAUUCAGUCACGCAUUCCUCAGCGAUCGAAAUACGGCCAUAAACGCACUCCUUCCAAUGUGUCAAAUGCUUCCAAUACCUCUUCGAACAUUAAUCCCUCCUUCCAUAGUGACGAGGCUGACACCAUCGAUUCAGAAGUUACUUCUCCACGCUUACUUAAAUAUUCAACAAAUGCUCCCUCUUUCCAACGCAGGAAAAGCCAAGAACGUCCCUCUACUUUAGAUAUUCAGGGUCAUAACAGUCGCUUACCGCCUUUACCGAAAAAAGGAAGGACCUCACCCAAGCAAUGGACUUCUUUUUCUGAUUCUGGUUCUCCAUUAAGAACAACUCCAACUGAUGGCAUGGGUACACCGAGUGACGAAAGCUCCGGAAGCACAGGAACUUCCAGAGUUCGAUUCUCUAUCGACGAGAGUGGUGGAUAUGUUAACCGAGUUGCUAGAGCAGAAGAAGAAAAGACCUUACUUGACCUCCCUGCUGAUGGGCAAUCUCAAGAUGGAACAAUUCCUUUAUCUGUCACAUUCCAUCGUGGCUUGAAACAGCGCCAAGUUGUGCUCCGCAACUGGGAGCGAAGUUACCUUGCAUAGUAUACAUCGUAUUGUGUUUUCGUUGGUGUCUGACAAGUUGGACUUGGAAAAUAAAAAGUUUGCCAAAUUGUGCUCAGAAACAUUACAUUCCUAAUAAAUGAGUGUCUAAUAGUCUUAAUCACUGAUAAUGUAAUUGUAAGGAGAAUAUUCUUGAUACUUAAAAUUUUCAUAUCUUGCCCAACUCUAUUUUUGAUAACUUAAGUAUUUAUUUUAGUAGUAACAUUCCUUGAAUUAAAUUAAAAUGUUGAUUCAAAAAGGGUUAGUAUGUUUGAUGAAAUAUGUAAAGAUCAGGCAUAGGAAUAUCUACUAUUGCUUCAUUCAGUAAAACAUCGCAGUGAGAAUGUUUACAAUAUUCUAGAAGUGUGUAAUCAAGAGACUGGUAGUUUUCUAUGGUCGGAGAUCAUCUUUCAUUGAGGUGUUUUGCAUUACGACAUAACUUGACAUCCUGUCACUGCAAGAAGCACGUUUAUUCCUUGUUGGUAUGUUAAAAAAAUUUUGAAUCAGUUCACCAAAGCUUAGUUGGUUGAAGCAAUGGUGGAUAUUCCUAUUUCCUUGUCAUUUUUAGUGUAUGCUUAUUUACAUGUGUGUUAAAAAUUUGUUUAAAAAAAUUUUCAUCUUUUAAAUUUGUUUAAUUUUAUAUACUAAUUAUAAUUAAUAAUUUUAACUCUUUUUUUUUUUUUUUAAAGUUUCUAUUUAUUUCUAUAAAGUCACAAAAUUGAUUUAUCCUCAUAAUUUAAAUGACUGUGAAUCGGAGUGACUAAUUUUAACUAUGUCAGUUAACACUUUGCCGACUAAUUGGGAGAUAUACCCAUUUGUCAAUAGUUAGUUUAAAAAAUGCACGGUGGCUAGCUUUUACUUAGGUGCAAUU